AUGGCUCCAACCAUUGAAGAGCUUGACGCGACUGUCCGCGCCUUCUAUGAAGGCCGAGGUGAAUCGCAAAAGGUUGCUCAAGCAGCUCUCAACCAGUUCAAGGAAGAUCCAGAUGCUUGGUUACUGGUCGAUAAGAUCUUGCAAGAUGCUACAUAUCCGCAGACGAAAUACUUGGGCUUGCAAGUACUCGACAGUGUCAUUAUGACCAGGUGGAAGGUUCUUCCGAAGGAGCAAUGCCAAGGAAUUCGCAACUUCGUGGUCGGCUUCAUCAUCCAGUCCUCCGGCUCCGAAGAAUCCCUCAAAACCCAACGAACCCUCCUCAAUAAGCUCAACCUCGUCCUUGUCUCUAUCCUCAAGCAAGAGUGGCCCCACAACUGGCCCACCUUCAUCAACGAAAUCAUCUCCUCGUGCCAUACAAGUCUGUCGAUAUGUGAGAAUAACAUGGCGAUUCUGCGGUUGCUAUCCGAAGAGGUUUUUGACUUCUCGGCGGACGCAAUGACCUCGACGAAGACGAAGAACUUGAAGCAAACUAUGUGUGCGGAGUUUUCAUCCAUCUUCCAGCUCUGCAACGAGGUUUUGAACUCUGCCACCCAGGCAAGUUUGAUCAAGGCCACACUCGAGACCCUCCUCAAAUUCUUCAACUGGAUCCCACUUGGCUAUAUCUUCGAAACCCCCAUCAUCGAUACGUUACGUACGCGAUUCCUGGAAAUGCCAGAGUUCAGAAAUGUGACUUUGAAAUGCUUGACGGAGAUUGGUGGUCUACAAACUGGUCAAAACAACGCCUACGAUGAGAAGCUGGUCCAGAUGUUCACAGAAGUUCUCACAGCCAUAUCCAAGAUCAUUCCGCUCUCUCUUGACCUGAAAUCAACCUACUCCUCCAGCAAUUCAAAGGACCAGGAAUUCAUUCAAAACCUUGCGCUUUUCCUUACCAAUUUCUUCGGUGUUCAUCUCAAUCUCAUCGAGAAUCUUCCGAAUCGCGAUUUCCUGACCCAUGCUCACUUCUACCUAAUCCGAAUUUCCCAAAUCGAAGACCGAGAAAUCUUUAAGAUCUGUUUGGAAUACUGGACCAAGCUUGUGCAGGAGUUGUACGAUGAGAUGCAAUCACUCCCUAUCACAGAUGUCAACCCACUCAUUAACAUGGGAGUUGGUGGACUUACAAAUCCCGGUGCACCAAACCCUAGUGUUCUGGCAAACUACCCGCUCCGCAAGCAUAAAUACAACGAAGUCUUGUCGAAUUUGAGAGUCGUUAUGAUUGAGAAGAUGGUCCGACCUGAGGAAGUGCUUAUCGUUGAGAACGAUGAGGGGGAGAUUGUUAGAGAAUUCGUGAAGGAGAGUGAUACUAUCCAGCUAUACAAGACGACGCGCGAGUGUCUGGUCUACCUCACCCAUCUGGAUGUCGUCGAUACCGAGCAAAUUAUGACCGAUAAGUUAGCACGCCAAGUUGAUGGCUCCGAAUGGUCGUGGGCCAACUGCAACACAUUGUGCUGGGCUAUUGGAUCCAUUUCCUUGGCAAUGAACGAAGAAACCGAGAAGCGUUUCUUGGUGACGGUUAUCAAGGACCUUCUUGGCCUUACAGAGAUGAAGCGAGGCAAGGACAACAAAGCUGUCGUGGCCAGUAACAUCAUGUACAUUGUCGGCCAAUAUCCACGAUUCCUGAAGGCACACUGGAAAUUCCUGAAAACCGUGGUCAAUAAGCUUUUCGAGUUCAUGCACGAAUCACAUGAAGGUUGCAAGCGACACUUCGUUGCCUUGCAACCAGGAGAGACAGAGCCAUUCAUUGAGGAAAUAGUUCGCACCAUGCGCAAGAUCACCUAUGAUCUCUCACCACAGCAGGUCCACACCUUCUAUGAAGCUUGUGGUUACAUGAUCGCCGCACAACCUCAAAAGAAUGCCCAGGAGCGCCUUAUCGCUGAACUGAUGUCAUAUCCGAAUGCUGCGUGGGAUCAAAUCAUCUCUCAAGCUACCGCCAACCCCACCACUCUGCAAGAUGCAGACACCAUCAAGAUUAUUGGAAACGUUAUGAAGACGAAUGUAUCGGCUUGCACGUCGAUUGGAAGCUACUUCUACCCUCAAAUCGGCAGAAUCUAUCUGGACAUGCUGUCUAUGUACCGUGCUACCAGCCAGAUGAUUUCUGAAGCAGUUGCUCGAGAUGGUGAAAUCGCAACAAAGAUGCCACGAGUUCGAGGCUUAAGAACAAUCAAGAAAGAGAUCUUGAAGCUGAUCGAGACUUAUGUUGAGAAGGCCGAUGAUCUUGAGAUGGUCCGAACAAACAUCGUCCCUGCUCUCCUUGAUGCUGUGCUCGUCGACUACAACCGAAACGUCCCCAACGCUCGUGACGCUGAAGUUCUGAAGGUCAUGUCGACAAUCAUUACGAAGCUUUCUUCUCUUAUGGAAGACCAAGUCCCUACAAUCAUGGAAAAUGUCUUUGAGUGUACCUUGGAGAUGAUUAACAAGGAUUUCUCGGAGUUCCCUGAGCAUCGUGUCGAAUUCUUCACACUCCUUCGCGCCAUCAACCUACACUGUUUCCCAGCUCUUCUCAAGCUCGAUAACAGACAAUUCAAGUUUGUCAUCGACUCUUGCAUGUGGGCCAGUAAGCACGACAACCGUGAAGUAGAAUAUGCUGGUCUUAACAUGUGUCUGGAGUUGAUUACAAACAUCGCAGAAACCGACCCCUCAACAUCGAAUGCUUUCUUCCAGCAAUUCUUCAUCCCCAUCCUACAGGACGUUUUCUUCGUACUUACCGACACAGACCACAAAGCUGGGUUCAAGUCACAGUCCAUGCUGCUUUCCCGAAUGUUUUACUUCGUUGAGCCCGCGGACGGUACGCAACCCAAGAUCCAAGGACCCAUCUACCAGCCAGAUCAGGCCCCUGCAGGAACAAGCAACAAGGAGUUCUUGGGCGGCUUCGUUGCCAAUCUAUUGCAGAAUGCCUUCCCAAACUUGCAACCGGGACAAAUCAAGAACUUUGUCGAGGGCUUGUUCACUCUCAACAGUGCUUACGACCGAUUCAAGCUCAACCUUCGUGAUUUCCUCAUCCAGUUGAAGGAAUUUGCGGGUGACAAUGCCGAGUUGUUUGCGGAGGAGAAGGAACAGAUGGAACGUGAUGCCAAGGCUGCUGAGCGAGAGCGGCUGUCAAAGGUUGGCGGCUUACUCAAACCUGCUGAGCUCGCAGAGGAUGAUGAUGAUUUGUGA